ACUUCAAGAUGGACGUCGUAGGCUUAUUUCGACCUUUAUUUAAUGUUAAAUACAUAAAAGAAGUAUCAAAAACCUAUCUUAUACCACAUAUUUAUGUAAAUAUCAUUCUUUCUGUUUCCUACUUCCUUUUGAAGACUGUAUCGCCUUUCUGCGACAUUCUGUUUACAGAUUGCUCCCUAGCAUUGCAACAAUGGGAGUGGUUAACAUUUCUGGGUUGUGUGAUUGUUCUGAAAAACCGAAAGCAGGCGUCAUCGGCGGAGUAUGUGUCUGUGGCGUGCAUGUUUGCCAAAGCUCUCAACCUCAUCAUGUUCUACCAGAACAGUGUGCCAUAUGCUUUUGUCUACGCAAUGAUGUGCUUGUUGCAUUUUGUAUUUUUGCCGAGACCUGUCUACAAAGGGCCAGAGUUUGUGACAUACUUUCGAGGUCCACACUUGAAGAACGAAAUUGCACGUGACAAGCGUGUGACGUGGGUGAUCUGUUUUUAUGCUGCCUGGUCUCCUCCAUGUGUGACCCUGGCACCUGUGUUUUCAGAAAUUUCAGCAGAAUAUCAUUUAGAAAACCUGCAGUUUGGGAAAAUUGAUAUAAGCAAAUUUCCAGAAGUUGCGGAGGAGUAUCGUAUCAGCACAUCAUCAUUCUCGAAGCAGCUUCCUACCGUUGUGGUUUUCCAGGAGGGCAAGGAGAAGACGCGCAGACCUGCCAUAAGCGCCAAGGGAACGGUCGUCAAAUAUUCUUUUACCAAGCAAAACAUAAUCAAAGACUUUGAAAUUAAUGAGAUUUACAACCAGUGCAGGAAGUCCUUACCAAAACAAAAGAAGACAACAUCAGAAGCAGAGAAGAAAGAGCAAUAAUACUGGAGGGGUAAGGCGUGUGAACUCGUGCCAUGAUAAGCGAAAUAAAACACAGAAUUGGCAUGAAAGUUCACAAUGGGCAUAUUGAAUUCGGUUAUGAUGGAUCACUGAUAAAAAGAACAGUGUGGUCAUGAUAGUCUUUUAAGGUCUUUCUUCAAAGUAUUUAUCAUUAAAUUUUUCUGCAAGUUUGUAUAUGGAAGAUAUUGCAUGUAUUCCAUCAAUUAUACUGUAAACUUAUAGCAACAGGAUCAAUGUUAUAAUAUUUUGGAAAUUGUAAUCUGAAAUUAUGGCUGAAUUUCUUAUUUUAUUUUGAUAUACUAUUGUGAGCUAAUGGUUAUUCUAGUCCAAUAUAAAAACAUACAUGUAAUCAUUUAUGUGUUCCCAGUUUGCAUUAAAAAAAGGUUGAUGUUCUGCUAGAACUAUUGUCAUAGCAAUGUUGUCUGCGCAAUAUGCAUCUUGAUACAUGAUCAUGUUCACUUUAAAAGUAUGCACAUAUAUACUCAUUUGAACAACUGUGGCCAGCUGCUUAAUCCAAACUCACUCUUAAAUAAACCCUAUCUAAUAAUGCUGUGCAACUUUUAGUUUCAUUGAGCAAUCACCUGAAUAGAAAAUAACCUUAUCCAAGUUAUCCAGUUAAAAAUAACAUGAUAAUUGCUAUUGGAAAGAGAGCAAGGAAGUUUAAGCCUGCCCACUGAAAGUCAACAUUGUUGUGAACACACAGAUUUUACAACCUAAAUGGAAAAAUUGUAUAAGGAUGAUUGUGAUUAACAAAGGCCGAGUACUGUCUCCUAAAGAAGCAGACUUGAGCUGUAUAUAUAUUUUCUAGCUUUUGUCACUAUCUUGCUCACAUAAAUAUGUACGGUAUAAACUACAUGUAAACCAGUAAAUUGUGGUCUGUAUUUUGACUUCAUGUUUAUAAGGGGCUAUGUUAUAUGUAUGUUUUUUUAUACGUUUGUAACAGAAUAGUAUGUGUUUUGCUCAGUUUGUCAAAGGAAAAUAAACUGUAUAAAUAAUAUGCCUUUUUGGUGCAAUCAACUUUAUCAAGUAUGCAUGCAUGUUUUGGAAAUGUAAGACACAUGUACAUGGAAUCUCAUUGAUCAACCCGGAAUAAAAUAUAAACAUUU